AUGAAAAACAUUGACAAAGCCAUCAUCACGGGCGCUGACUCAGAAAUCAACAAACCUAGUAGAAAAAGCUUUGGGCAGCUCCAAACGCUGGCAGGUGAGACUUCCCAGGAGAAAGUGCUGUCUUCGGGGCCGCCGGCCCAAGAAGAAGAGCGCCCUUCCGAGCGUAGCCGUCGGCCUGGCGGCUGGAAGCCGGUCCCCGAACUGCAGGGGGGAGAGGAAGGCGCUGGCUCCCGGCUCCUCGGCUGUCAGUGCGCUCGGGCCGGGGGCGCCGCCGGCUCUGCGUCCCUCGCUCGCCUCCUGCGCUCGCCGGAGCGCUCCGACAUCCGGCGCCGGAUUGACGCAGCCCCAAGCCGGGGACUGCUCCUGCCGCCUCCUCCCCGGGAGCUGCAGCCGCCGCCGAGCCGCCUCGCUCCCUCUUUGAGUUCCGUUUAUGGUCUGAUUUCCGGCCGCCCGCCUGCUCGCCCGGCCGCCCGCCUGUCCCGAUCCCUCCCUCCCCGGCACCCGGAGGAGAGGGGACUGCCGGAACCCGGGCCGGACGCCCCUGGCACCGCUAGCGCGCAGCCCCCGCCGCCGCCGCCCCCACCUCCCGCGCCCAAGGAGUCCCCGUUCUCCAUCAAGAACCUGCUCAACGGAGACCACCACCGGCCGCCCCCUAAGCCGCAGCCGCCCCCACGGACGCUCUUCGCGCCGGCCUCCGCCGCCGCGGCCGCCGCCGCUGCUGCCGCCGCUGCGGCCAAGGGGGCUCUGGAGGGCGCGGCGGGCUUCGCGCUCUCGCAGGUGGGCGACCUGGCUUUCCCCCGCUUUGAGAUCCCGGCGCAGAGGUUUGCCCUGCCCGCGCACUACCUGGAGCGCUCCCCGGCCUGGUGGUACCCCUACACCCUGACCCCCGCCGGCGGCCACCUCUCGCGACCUGAAGCUUCGGAGAAGGCCCUCCUGCGAGACUCCUCCCCCGCCUCGGGAACCGAUCGCGACUCCCCCGAGCCAUUGCUCAAAGCCGACCCCGACCACAAGGAGCUGGACUCCAAGAGCCCGGACGAGAUCAUUUUGGAGGAGAGCGACUCGGAGGAAGGCAAGAAGGAGGGCGAGGCAGCUGCGGGCGCGGCCGGGGCGAGCGUGGUGGCGGCGGCGGCGACGCCGGGCGCGGAGGACUGGAAGAAGGGCGCCGAGAGCCCCGAGAAGAAGCCCGCGUGCCGCAAAAAGAAGACGCGCACGGUCUUCUCGCGCAGCCAGGUCUUCCAGCUCGAGUCCACCUUCGACAUGAAGCGCUACCUGAGCAGCUCGGAGCGUGCCGGCCUGGCCGCGUCGCUGCACCUCACCGAGACGCAGGUCAAGAUCUGGUUCCAGAACCGCCGCAACAAGUGGAAGCGGCAGCUGGCGGCCGAGCUGGAAGCGGCCAACCUGAGCCACGCCGCGGCGCAGCGCAUCGUGCGGGUGCCCAUCCUCUACCACGAGAACUCGGCUGCCGAGGGCGCCGCGGCCGCGGCCGCGGGGGCCCCUGUGCCUGUCAGCCAGCCGCUGCUCACCUUCCCGCACCCCGUAUACUACUCGCACCCGGUGGUCUCUUCUGUGCCGCUGCUACGGCCUGUCUGAGGCCCGACAGGGGAGGG